AUGGCAGCCGCUAGCCAGGAAGACCCAGGUCCCAGGCAUAUAGACCUCUACGGCAAUGUCUACGACGUGCCCGAAUUUACCAUGAAACAGAUCCAUGCCGCUAUUCCGGCUCAUUGCUUUCGUCCAUCCACCACUCGAGGCCUGGGAUAUGUAGCCCGGGACUUUACCCUGCUAGGUAGUCUGGCCUGGGUUACGUACACCCUUACACCUAUGAUCCCAAGCAUUUUCAUCCGUACGAUGGUAUACACCCUCUAUACCGUGAUUUCCGGGAUGAUCAUGACGGGAAUCUGGAUUCUCGCCCACGAAUGCGGCCACGGGGCCUUUUCCCCCUCAAAAAAAGUCAACAAUCUCGUCGGCUUUGUCUUGCAUUCGUCCCUACUAGUUCCAUACUACAGCUGGAAGAUCAGCCACUCUCACCAUCACAAAGCCACGGGCGACCUACAGCGGGAUACCGUUUAUGUUCCGCACAGUCGGGAAUAUCUCAUCAAAUCCACCUUUGGCCAAGACGCCAAUUCGCACAGCUUUACUGAGCUGACUGAAGACGCCCCCAUCGUCACACUUUGGCACUGCCUUCUUUUCCAGAUCCUUGGCUGGCCCCUAUACAUGCUAGACAAUCUGAGCGGGCAAAAGGGUGCCUCCGGAUUUCCCCAGCACAGUCAUUAUUGGUUUGGCACGGACAGCGCAUUGUACAAGGAGUCGGAGCUGCUCUCCGUCUUCCUGAGUGAUCUCGGCGUGGCCACCACGUGUGUUGGACUCUUUCUCGCGGUGAAGUUAUUCUCCGUGUGGACGAUUCUCGUCUUCUAUGGCAUUCCGUAUCUGUGGUUGAACCAGUGGGUUGUCGUCAUCACCUACCUACAACACACAGAUCCCACCCUUCCCCACUUCACCCACACGUCUUGGACUUUUGCCCGUGGCGCCUCUGCAACGAUCGACCGCAGCUUCUGUAUGGGGCCAUUCGAUGUCGACAAGCACCUCUUCCACGGCAUCGUUGGCACCCACGUCCUGCACCACCUCUGCUCCUCAAUUCCCUUCUAUCAUGCCUAUGAGGCAACUGAUGCGGUGCGCACUGUCAUGGGCAGGCAUUACCGCGAGGAUCGGAAUACGCCGCUGAUGAGAGCAUUGUUUCGCAACGUGAGGGAUUGUCAGUUUGUAGAGGAGAGUGAGGGGGUUGAAGGGAGUGGGGUUUUCUUCUUUCGGAAUCUCCAUGGACGCGGUGUCAAGCCUAGGGAUGUGGGGUUGGGGGAAAUGAUGAGUAUCUGGGAGGGGCAUUUGCCGGUCUCUUGGGAUUUGAAUACUAGGGAGAGGAAGGAGAUGGGGAGAGACCGAUGGAAUUGGAGGGAUUUGAUGAAGUUUGUUUGGUGA